UUCACCUUGACAGUCUCGGGGAGACUGUGGGUACGAAGGGGGUGAUUGAUUAUUUUUCUGCUGCUUACCUUUCAAUAUGAAGGAGGAUCAAGUUGUGCUGGAAGAGCCAGGAUUCCAAGAUGAAGAGGAAUCUUUGUUUCAAGACAUUGACCUGUUACAGAAACAUGGAAUUAACGUGGCUGACAUUAAGAAACUCAAGUCAGUAGGAAUCUGUACCAUCAAAGGGAUACAAAUGACAACAAGAAGAGCCCUAUGCAAUGUAAAAGGACUCUCAGAAGCCAAAGUGGACAAGAUUAAAGAGGCAGCAAACAAACUUAUUGAACCAGGAUUCUUGACUGCAUUUGAAUAUAGUGAAAAGAGGAAGAUGGUUUUCCAUAUCACCACUGGGAGCCAGGAAUUUGAUAAGUUGCUAGGAGGUGGAAUUGAAAGCAUGGCAAUCACAGAAGCUUUUGGAGAAUUUCGUACUGGAAAAACCCAGCUCUCUCAUACCCUCUGUGUGACAGCUCAACUUCCAGGAGCCAGUGGCUACCCAGGAGGAAAGAUUAUCUUCAUUGAUACAGAAAAUACUUUCCGUCCAGAUCGCCUUCGGGACAUUGCUGAUCGCUUCAAUGUAGACCACGAUGCAGUACUGGAUAAUGUACUUUAUGCACGCGCAUACACUAGUGAACAUCAGAUGGAGCUACUUGAUUAUGUAGCAGCAAAAUUCCAUGAAGAAGCUGGCAUCUUCAAGCUAUUGAUCAUUGAUUCAGUAAUGGCACUUUUUCGAGUGGAUUUCAGUGGUCGUGGGGAGUUGGCUGAACGGCAGCAAAAGUUAGCCCAAAUGUUGUCACGACUUCAAAAAAUCUCAGAAGAAUAUAAUGUGGCUGUUUUUGUGACUAAUCAAAUGACUGCUGAUCCAGGAGCAACUAUGACGUUUCAGGCAGACCCCAAAAAACCCAUCGGGGGACACAUUCUGGCACAUGCUUCAACAACAAGAAUAAGCUUGAGAAAGGGAAGAGGAGAACUGAGAAUUGCCAAGAUUUAUGACAGCCCUGAGAUGCCCGAAAAUGAAGCCACCUUCGCAAUAACUGCUGGAGGAAUUGGGGAUGCCAAGGAGUAGGUGGUGAAUUGAUGCAAAUUGCUUCUUAGUGCUCAUUAGGAGCUGAAGAAAUGGAGAAGCGGUUUCAAAUUUCAGAUCUAGAAAUAAGAGUUCGGGUUUUUUUCACGUUAUUUAAGGAAAGUCAGCAAAAAAGAUUUAAAUCUUAUAUUUAUCUUAAAAGUCCCUGACUUAUGAUAACUAUAUAUUGUAUGUCAAUUCAGGAAUAUGUGAGGUUACUUCAAAAAGUUCCUGAAUUAUAUGUAUAGAUAUAUACAUACCUAUUGAAUAGAUAUAUACACACAACUGUAGAAAACUAGUUGGGGAAAUGGUAACUGAUUCCCCUCACUUUCAGUUUUCAAAGUGAAGCACUAAACAGACAGAAAGUCUAAGAGCUCAGAAAUGUCCCAUUGUCAUAUAGAGUUCCCCUUGAACAUUUUUCUAGGGAACAGUACCACUGAUUUACAGAGCUGGAUGAUGUUCCAAAGGAGGGAGAUGUUUAAAGGAGGAAUGUUUAUAGAACAUAUAAAAAAGCUUGUUAUUUACAGAAUUAAACUGUAUAUUCAACUUUAUAGCAACAGGAAAGAAACAUUAAAUUAAGCCAAAUUUUAAAUUGUUUGACUUUUUGACAAGUUGAAAUUACUUUUAAAAAAUGUAUUUCUGAUACAUACAUAUUUUCUUGGCAAGUUAAAGAAGGAGGUAAUUAGAAAAUGUACAAUUUGGGAUGAUAAAGGUAGCAUGGUUUUUAUAUUUUAGGUUUUGGGUAAAGAAUUCAAAAUCUUUUUUAAA